AAUAUAUUAAACAUAAAUAUAAUGAAAAUGAAAGCCAAUAUGAUAUUUUUGAAGAUCAACAAAAAUUCGAAAAUAGUUGGAGUGAUUUAAACAAUGAAGAAAAUGAAGAAAAUACAUUUUCAAUACAAUUCACUGAAGAGGAGAAUCGAUCUACUAAUUAUUCUCAAGAUACAUUUGUAAAUCCAAAUGUAUUUAUUAAUUUUGAAAUCAUAUUGCUAAUCUUAUUAAUUAGCUUAUCUCAUUUUUCAAUAAUCUUUGUCUGGAUUUUUGGAUUUCUUCUUCUUUGGAGAAUGAAAUUCAUAAUUCGAAAAUUAAAAUUGACUAAUAGAGAUUAUGUUAUAGAAAUGAAUCCAUUUGAAAUUAUGUUUAGUCAAAGUACAAUUAAUAACAUAUUUCAAAUGGGUAAUGAUAUUGAAAAUACUAUCAAAGAUCUUAUCGAUAAAGCAAUAAAAAGAGGUUUAAAUAUCACAAAAAUUCCAGUAAAGAUACAACAAAUAACAGACUUGAAUAUUGAAUGGAAGUUAGAAGGCUUAUAUAAAAUUGUUCAUAAUAAUAAUUUUAAAAAUAUUAUUGUGAGUAAAUUUGCUAGAAAUGAAAGAAUAAUAGAAGAAGAUGAAUAUUGA